AUGUCACUGCAACGCGUCUCGUCCAUUGAGACCUUCACCACCAUUCCUACCAACGGUUCCCGGCCGAGGAGGACUUCGGAUGCAUCCACUCGCGCGCGCAAACUGACCUUCAACCCGCUCCCGCAGCGAUGGGAUCCCCCGACAACCCUUGACCAGCUCGCCGCUGUCGGGGCCUUCAAGGUGCCCAAGUGGAAGCGAUUGCAUAAGUUGGCCCAUGAUAGCUUGUCUAGCCAGCCAUUGACGCUGUUUUCAGUCCAAGUAAUUGUCGGGGUUGCCUCGUGCUUCUUCGGAGCCGGCAUCGUCUUUGGCUAUGCCGCAAUCAAGCCCGUGCUGAGGGCCGAGGGCGCUUACAGGCGUAUCUGCGCCGCCCAGAACGGGUCGCCCGAUGCCGUGGAUACUUGCGCCGACAUGCACCUCAACCUGAUGUUCACCGUCGCUGCGGUGGCUACCAACGUCGCUGCGUUGCCUGUCAGGGCGAUCCUUGACCAUCUCGGUCCUAGGGUCUGCGGCCUCCUCGGGAGCCUCUCCCUCGCGACGGGCGCGCUCCUGAUGGCGUUCGAGAACCGGCUGGAGUUCGACGCCCUGCUCCUGGGUUACUUCUGCCUGGCUCUAGGCGGUCCCUUCACCUACAUCUCCUCCUUCCAGCUGUCGAACGCCUUCCCCCGCCGCUCGGGCUUCAUCCUUGCCCUCCUAACCGGGGCGUUCGACGCAUCCAGCGCGCUGUUCCUCGCGUACCGCAUCGUCUACGAGAAAACAGAUGGCGCCUUCGGCCACCGGCGGUUCUUUCUGGGCUACCUCCUCGUACCGGCUGCCAUCGCGUUGCUGCAGAUGACCCUCAUGCCUUCGCAAUCGUACAAGACGGUAGGCGAGCUCGUAGAGGAGAUUGAAGCGCCCAUCCAUGCCGUCGCGGAGCCGGCGCCAUACGACCGGGUGGACGAGGAGACCGCCCUCCUGCAGGAGGAAGAGCGCCGGCACAGGGCGGACGUGAUCGAAGGCAUCCAAAACCUGCUCGGUUCUUCCAAAGCGGACGCGCAAACGGAGCGCGAAGAGCACGUCAACAAGCUUUCGGGCGUCUGGGGCGUCAUGCACGGCUACACGGCCUGGGAGCAGAUCAAGUCCCCCUGGUUCAUUCUGAUCUGCCUCUUUACUAUCAUCCAGAUGACGCGAAUCAACUUCUUCGUCGCCACGGUCCGCUCUCAGUACGAGUCCCUCCUGGGCUCGCACGAGGGCGCCGUACCGCUCAACAACUUCUUCGACGUCGCCCUGCCGCUGGGCGGCAUCCUGGCCGUCCCCUUCAUCGGCACCGUGCUCGACCACACGUCGACCCCGACGGUGCUCGCCGCGCUCGUCUUCUUCGCCACCGCCAUCGGCGUCCUGGGCGUCAUCCCCCGCAGCCCCCCGGGCCGGCUACGCCAACGUCACCCUGUGUUUGGGUUCGAGACGUUCGGGACCGUCUACGGCACCGUCAUCGCGCUCUCGGGCGUGCUCAACUUUGCGCAGGAGGGGCUGGACUGGCUGUUUGAGCGCCGCUUCGGCGGCGACCCCGUGCCCGUCAACGUGCUCCUCCUCCUGCUCGGCCUGGCCGUGGGCGUGACCCUGGUGGGCUUUGUCUGCUCCAAGGCGCGGCUGAUCGCCCGGCAGAGGGUUCCGGAAGGGGAGACUCCCUAA